UAAUUCUAUUUGUAGGCAAACGACAUCGUCCCACCGAUCUAAAUAUUAUUAUUUCACAAACGAUGAGGCUGCUAAUAUUUGCAUUCGCCAUUUGCAUCACGCAAAUGGCUUCGAGCAAAGAGUCGAACACGUAUUCUGCGGCCGUCGUUGAAUAUUUUCCGGAGAGAUUCAGCAAAGCUUUCGAUUUGAAAGAGACGAUCACGAAACGCGUCGACGCCUACAUCGAAAUCCUCUCGAACAUCGAACAGGAUUUGGAUAUCAUCGUCUACCCCGAAUCCACGCUACAGUUCAGAUCGAAAAUCUAUACCAGAGAAGAUCUGAUAGAUGCUGCUUCCAUCAUUCCAUCGGUGGCAGACAAAAACGCACCUUGUUCGGAAUCAAAUGGAUAUAAUGAAUAUUUCGUGAGUUUAUCGUGUGCGGCUAAGAAGUACAGGACGUACCUUUCGGUGGAUUUAAUUGAGAAGAGUCCGUGCGUCGGCAGCAAAUGCAGCGAUGAUAAAUGGAACGUUUACAACACGAACGUAGUUUUCGAUAGGGAUGGAAUCGUUGUGGCUAGCUACAGAAAGUAUAACUUGUUUGGGGAGCACGUGAAUGUUCCGGAUGAACCAAUGCACACGACGUUUGUAACGGAUUUCGGGGUGAAGUUCGGAAUCUUCAUCUGCUUCGACAUCAUGUUCAACGAGCCUGCAAUGAAGCUGGUCGAACAGGGCGUCAAGCAUUUCAUCUUUCCGCUCAUGUGGUUCUCCGAAUUACCAUUCCUCACCGCGGUGCAAACUCAACAUAUGUGGUCUUUCGAAAACGACGUGGUUUUAUUAGCAAGUGGCGCUAAUAAUCCAAGAAGCGGAAGCAGCGGAUCAGGAAUAUAUCAAGGGAGACAGGGCCCGUUGAAGAUGUACAUCAACGGUAAAGAGGGAACCAAAGUUUUGGUGGCGAACGUAGAGAAGGUUUGGGACAGUUCUUUGUCCGUCGAAAAUCCAAAUGCAGAUGUUAACGAAGACGUGGAUAAUUUAAAAUUGUUCUACGACGAUCUCACUAAAUACAAUAGCUUCAAUUUGGACGUGGAUCAGCAGGAUUACGUUAUUAAAGUGAACGACGAUUUCCAAUGUAAUUUCCACGUCGUUGCUACAAACACUGGAAAACUGAGCGACAAACAGUCGUACGUUUACAAAUUGGUUGGGUAUUCGGGAUGGCGCAGUUUUCAGGGACAGAAAGACGGUUUCGUGCAAGUUUGCGCCAUGGUAACCUGCCUGGACAACAGUUUAUCGACAUGCGGUCAUAGGAUUCCAUCCAACCAAGACACGUAUCCGAUUCUGUUCGAAGAUAUCAAAGUCGAGAUGAAGCUGAAGGAGAACAAGAACUCUAAGCAAUAUCCGAACGCUGUACUGGGGGAUCUGAAACCACUGUAUAACGAGAACUUCGACUGGAAGAAAUCGGAAGGAAGCAGAGUUAUUUCGCUGAAGAAACCGCGCAGGUUCUUCAUGACUUUCGGCAUCUACGGACGGGUUUUCGAGCCGAAAACAAUGAAGAUCAAUUCAGAAUUGUAACAGUUUUAACAUAUGAUGUUUAAAUUACAUAACGAAGAUUAUUAUUAUUUUAAUUAUAUACAUUUUUCUAA